AUGUGUGAGUUUCUUCCCGAAGCCGUCGUUGAGGAAAUCCUUCUUCGCCUACCGCUCGAAAGCAUUGGGAAAUGCAUGUCAGUGUGCAAAUCAUGGAACAUUAUGAUCAAAAGUCACAGCUUCAUAUCCUCACACCUCCAACGCUCCCUCCUCUCUCCUCCAUUCUUCCUUGGCCGCUAUUUGCAUGUUCCCACAAAUGACGGUUACUAUUCUAUCUGCUCACCCUAUACCCGUUACUCAGCUUCAGUUAAUUUUACAAGAUACUCCAACUUCGUUGGUGCCCUCAACGGCGUCGUUUGCCUUUCUUGCGAUUCUGAAUCUGAUGUCAUCCUUUGUAACCCUUUCAUAGACAGACACGUCCAGCUCCCAAAGCAGCUUUUCCCCAUUUACAGAUCCUGUCUUGGGUUUGGGUUUGAUUCCAAAAAUGAUGAUUUCAAGGUUGUGCGUGUUUAUUAUGAAAUUGGUGGCAUCAUGGCACAGUUGUAUUCCCUCAAAGAGCAUGCUUGGAGAUUUAUUGAUUCUUCAUAUAUAAAAUUAACUGUCAAUGAUUGCCAUGAACAAUUAUUUUUUAAUGGGAAUGUUUAUUGGCUUCUCUGUCAUGAUGAUCGUUAUACCCGAAUGGAGCAUUGCAUAUUGAUGUUCAAUGUAGCAGAGGAGAAGUUCAACAAGAUUGAGGUUCCACAGCAGUUGAGUGUUUUGUACUUGAGCAAGUUGGGAAUUACUGUGAUUGAUGAUUGCCUCUCACUUAUAGAAUACCCCGACAAGUUUAUGGAUAACACUAACUGUGACAUAUGGAUGUGGAGAGAGUCAUGGACUAGUGGGACUCACAGGUACUGA